AAACCGGUUCUUUACUUUCUUUUGACCGAUCAUAUUUUGUAAAGAUGUGGCGUCUGUCAACUUUGUGUUGUAUUUUAAUUUUGAAUAAUCAUGCGCUCCAAAUGUGUUUCCUCGUAUGCCUCCUCGCUGCAUAUUUUUGUGCUUUUCUAUGUUUCUCUCUGUGGUCUCUUUGUGUUAGUCUUUACCCUUGUAGAUUAGCUGGAUUAUUGUGAACUAGAUUAGCGGAGCGUCUGUCAGAGAUUUUAUUGUUUUACGCCACUAUGGCCAUUCCUCUGGCUAGUAGGAAUGGUCAUCAUAAUAUUAAUAGUUUUCAAAAGCCCUAUUUUUUUCAGAAAAUCAACAUCAGUACAACACCUCCCCAAAAGCAUGUGUAAUUGCUAAUUUACUUACGCUGUCAUUGAUAACAACAGUAAGGACACAGACGCCGCUGACGCCAGCCGUGCCCAUCAAAGUUUGCAGUCACGCCAAGCCCCCCUAAAAAAAGGCUUCAAUAGUUAACCAAAUUUGCACAUACGAGGUUAUACCAAGAUAUAUUUUUAUUUUGGUGGGCGUAGUGAUUAGCAUGUCUGCCUCCAAGUUCGGAGCUUUGGGGUGUGUGUUGGCGUGGGUUUUCUCCCGGUAAUCUCCCCCACGCACACAUUCCAAGAAAGAUGCAUGUUCGCUGAAGACUCACAAUUGUCCAAAGGUGUGAAGGUGAGUGUCAUUGGCUGUUUUGAAGCAAAUAAAACCGUCAACUACGUCUUUCUGUCAGUCAUGUCUCGCAGGAGCUGUCGCCUAGCAUCCACAGGCUACUACAACUCGGAUGACGAAUCCGACUCAAGUAGCGUAACCAACAUUUCAUACAGAGAGAACCCCGUCAAGGUUUUCAAGAAGAAGGCCGGGACCCGUAAAGCCGCCUCCCGCGCCUCCACCAAAGCCAUCAGCAAUGCCAGCACGAGCAGCUUACAAUCGCCGUCCACCACAGCCCGCAGACCUUCCCUAAGCACCCAGACGAGCCUGACCAUGGGGAGCGUGUCCUACGCCACCCCCAGGGCCACACCCAGGGCCACCCUCCGGCCUUCCCUAACGCCGGCGUCGUCGACCACGCACCAGACCGCCACCCGCUCCCCUGCGCCUCCUCCAGAGAGGUUCCACAGCUCCGGCCAGGCUGUCGUGUACCUGCGACCGGACCACAAGGAACAGGAUAAGAACUGCAUAGACAGCUCGGGUUACUCUUCCUCUGAGGGCAUCAACUUGAAACCCCCAACACCAACUACCACCACCAGGUCCGGUAGCACCAACACCACCAGUAAAGUCAAAAGUAACAACGUGGCUCCCAGUGUCGGACACAGACGGCAAAUCAACAGCGCCUUCUGUGGUGUGAAGGACUCACUAUCAAGAUUGACUGCAAAGAUAAAGCAUCUUACCACUUUUGCCAAUAGAUCCUUAAUCAGCGCCCAAACAAAGACAACUUGCAUUGUCCUCAUCUUGCUCUCUGUUGUGGCUGCCUUUGUUUGGUUCCUCCCUCCCUUGUUGCCUCUGACUCUCAUGGACUUCAUAAAGGCCCAUUCGCAGAUUGCCAAGCUCAAGCACCACUCUAUUCUCCCAGCCAUUGUACCUCCUCCACCCAGCACCAUGCAAUCCACAUUCGCAACGGACUUGGGCACAGUGCCUACUGAUAUAGAAGCAAAAAUGCAGCAUCUUCUGGAGGAGCUGCAGCUGAAGCAGGAGCUCCUCUACAAGAUCAAGGAGCAAUUCGAGGUGGACAUGCAGAGUAUGAGGGACGACAUGAAGGUGUUGGAGUCCAAUAGUGGGCGCCAUCUGGACCAGGAAGUCACCGUACUGGGCAAGAAAAUGGACGAUCAGAAGCGGGAUUUUAAUAAGCCCCUCUCAGGUCUCAGUGGUAGAAUGAAAGCUUUAGAGACUCAGAUUGCCAAGUUGGCCAAGGAGUUGUUGUCCAUCCACUCGCAGCCUCCUGCGCUGCCUUGUCCUGACAUCUCUGCCCAAAAACAGCUCACGCCAGAGCUCCAGCAGGCCAUGGAGAAGUGGCUCACUGACCACAUCCAGGCGCAUAAUGCAGUCAUCCUACAGCAGAAAGGAAUCUCUUCAGCGUGCACACAGCCCUUGGCUAACAAAAUGGCUGACUUUGCGCUUGAGACUCAAGGUGCCAGCGUGAUCAGCACCCGCUGUUCUGAAACGUAUCACACCCGCUCAGCAUGUCUCAGCAUGUUAGGAUUCCCCUUGUGGUACCCGACGGAGAGCCCUCGCACUGUCAUUCGGGGCGAGCCAGUGCUGCCUGGCAAAUGUUGGGCCUUUCACGGUGCCCACGGGACUCUCGUCAUCGCGCUGUCUCACCCCAUAUGGAUAACCCAUGUGACGAUGGACCACGUGCCGCGUCACAGCACCCCCAAGGGCCGGAUCGACUCUGCACCCAAGGACUUUGCGGUCUAUGGAAUGAAGAAUGAGGUGGAAGAAGGAACGCUGCUGGGAACGUUCACGUACAACGAGGACGGCGAGCCCACGCAGACAUUUGAGCUGCCCCCCAGCGACGUGAUCUACCACGUGGUGGAACUGCGCGUCCUCAGCAACUGGGGUCACAUGGAGUACACUUGCCUCUACCGCUUCCGAGUGCACGGAACCCUGGCAUGAUGCGCCCCCACUCCUCGGAUGAAGUGGUGAGUUUCCACCACUAAAGGCCGCACUGACGCUUUCAGAUAUUGGGACUGUCAAAUGAAUAGCAUGAAACAUGAUGUCUGGUGACAUCGUUGAAGGAUGUAAAUAUUUUGUCAAAAUCAUUACAAACCCGGCCAAAAAGUUGAUUUCAUCCCUGGUACUUAAAUACUUGAAUACCCUUUUUUUUUUAUCUUGCCAUCGUGUUGAUUCUUGUAAGAAGCACUUGAAUUUUCUAAGGGCGCAAAGUCAGGAAAAUGGAAAAUGUAUUUGAUGUGAGAGAGAGAGAAUAUAUUUUAGCGAAGUCAUGCCUUGUGUCAUUCAUGUCACGUACGAAAUAUUUAUGAAUGAUUAGGGGCAAGAAAGAAGAAAAAAAACUCGAUAGUUGCAAGAAUAAAGUAGUAAUGUGACGAGAAAAAAAAUCAUCAAGAAAAUUUUAUACAUGAAAUAAAAAAUUUUUAAAAAGACAAUAAAAUCGCAGGAUUACAUGAAUUGUAGUUUGUUGUUGUGAUAUUUUGGUUGUCCGUGUCUAUAUGUGCCCUGCGACUGACAGGCGACCAGUUCAGGGUGUAGUGUGCCUUUCGCCCGAAGUCAGCUGGGAUAGGGUCCAGCGCCCAGCGACCCUAACCAGGAUAAGCGGUGUUGAAAAUGGAUGGAUGAAAAAGUGCUAUUUCAAGAAUAAAUUACAAUUUGUGAAAGCUCA